AUGUUCCCUUUGAAUUUCAGAGUAAUUGGUCUGGAAGCUCCCAUGAUUCAGUCCAAUCAAGGAGGGUGGUCAUUUCUCACAACAUGGAUAAAGCACUGAAAGAAGUGUUUGACUACAGCUAUAGAGAUUACAUCCUGUCCUGGUAUGGGCAACUCAGCAGAGAUGAAGGGCAGCUGUACCAGCUGCUAUCUGAAGACUUCUGGGAGAUUGCCAAGCAGCUGCGACAGAGGCUGAGUCACAUUGAUGUAGUUAAAGUUGUCUGCAAUGAUGUAGUGAAAGCUUUACUCUCACACUUCUGUGACCUUAAAGGAGCCAAUGCCAGGCAGGAAGAUCCACCGAGACCUUUUUUGCUGCACCCAUGCUUGAGGAGCGCUGAUGAAGAAGUAAGAUUCCUGCAAAAAUGUUCUCAAAUUCUGGUGUAUUGUCUCCUACCCUCAAAGGAUGUCCAGUCUGUCAGCUUGCGCGUAGUCCUUGCAGAAAUACUUGCAACAAAAGUACUGAAACCAGUGGUGGAACUGCUGAGUGAUCCAGAUUAUAUUAACCGAAUGCUACUCAGCCAGCUGGAGUACAGAGAACAGAUGAAUGAGCAUCAGAAGAAAGACUACACAUAUGCUCCUUCUUAUGAGGAGUUCAUCAAGCUCAUUAACAGCAGCUCCGAUGUUGAGUUCCUGAAACAGCUGAGGUAUCAGAUUGUAGUGGAAAUAGUCCAGGCAACCACAAUCAGCAAUAUUCCCCAAGUGAAGAGGCAGAAAGAUUCAAAAGGAAAAGAAACUGCGGCAAUGAAAGCUGACCUACUGAGGGCUCGCAAUGUGAAGAGGUAUAUUAAUCAGCUGACAGUGGCAAAGAAGCAAUGCGAGAAGAGAAUAAGGCUCCUGGGAGGGCCUGCUUAUGAUAAGCAGGAAGAUGGCCAGGAAGAUGGCAUUUCUGAUGAAGGCGAUGGCCCUCAGAGUCAGAAGAUUCUUCAGUUUGAAGAAAUUUUGGCCAACCCUUCAUACCGAGAGCACUUCCGAAUCUACAUGGAAAGGAUGGACAAGAUGGCUUUGAUCAGUCUUUGGGAAUCUGUGGAGUAUCUGAAGAAUGCUAACAAGGCUGAAAUACCUCAACUGGUGAGUGAAAUUUAUCAGAAUUUUUUUGUGGAAAGCAGAGAAAUACCUGUGGAAAAAUCCCUUUAUAAAGAAAUACAGCAAAGCCUCGUGGGAAAUAAAGGCAUUGAAGUAUUCUACAGAAUUCAGGCAGAUGUUUACGAAACUCUAAAGGACAGAUACUACCCCUCGUUCAUUGUCAGUGAUUUAUAUGAGAGAUCAGUCAAGAAGGAAGAAGAAAGAAGUUCUGCUCAGCCAACUCCUGAGGACAAAGAUGAAGUGAGCCAAGAUUGUGAAGAAGCUACUGAAGAAUGCAGCGCAAGAAUUAAUGAACAGGCCAGUUAUGCUGUAAAUAAACUUCGCCAGCUAAAUGACAAGCUUGAGUAUAAGAAACAGGCUUUAAAUUCCAUAUGUAAUUCACCAAAACCCGACAAAAAGAUUGUUUCUAAGCUGAAGGAUGAAAUUACUCUGAUGGAGAGAGAGCACAAUGACCUUCAGCUGCACAUUGCAAGAACGGACUGGUGGUGUGAGAAUCUUGGCAUGUGGAAAGCCUUCAUUGUCUCAGGCGAGGUUUUAGAAGAGAAUGGAGAACAAGUGCCCUGUUACUCUGUCAUGGUGAGUUUACAAGAAGUCGGUGGAGCUGAAACUAAGAACUGGACUGUUCCCAGGAAGCUCAGUGAGUUUCAGAACCUACACCGGAAACUCAGUGAGUGUUUUCCAUCAUUAAAGAAAGUUCAGUUGCCUUCCCUCAGCAAGCUGCCCUUCAAAUCCAUAGACCAGAAGUUCAUGGAGAAAUCCAAGAAGCAGCUUAAUAACUUUCUGCAGAAAUUGCUCUCUGAUGAAAGACUCUGCCAGAGUGAAGCACUUUACGCCUUCUUGAGUCCUUCCCCAGAGCACCUCAAAGUUAUUGAUGUGCAAGGAAAGAAGUCCUCUUUUUCACUCUCCUCAUUUCUAGAACGACUUCCUGGUGAUUUGUUUUCUCAUCAGGAGGAAGAAACGGAAGAGGAUAGUGACCUGUCAGACUACGGAGAGGAGGUGGAUGGGAAAAGGGACUCUCUUGCUGAACCAUGUUUCAUGCUGAUUGGAGAGAUUUUUGAGCUGCGAGGAAUGUUCAAGUGGGUCAGGAAAACAUUAAUUGCACUAGUACAAGUCACUUUUGGAAGAACUAUUAACAAGCAAAUCCGUGACACUGUACACUGGAUGUUCAGUGAACCAAUGCUUGUUUACUACAUUGGUGUGUUUCGAGAUGCUUUUUGGCCAAAUGGAAAGUUAGCACCGCCACCGAGAGCCAAGAGCGACGAACAAAAGCAAGAGACAAAACAGAGGGCACAGCAAAAACUACUUGAAAACAUUCCAGAUACUCUGCAGAGUCUUGUUGGACAACAAAAUGCCCGUCACGGUGUAGUGAAAGUGUUCAAUGCGUUGCAAGAGAGAAAGGCUAACAAGCAUCUACUCUAUGUUUUGCUGGAACUGCUGCUAACUGAACUGUGUCCUGAGCUAAGAGCUCAUUUAGAGCAGCUUAAUGCCACUUAGGUUUGAAUCUGCACGAUUGGACCACUAGAGAAAUGUCUAUGUCCAGUAAUAGACAUGAAACUUAUUUCCUCUUUUCCAUAGAGGGCUGAGGACUACGAUUAUUUUUAGCGUUUUUCUUUCCUCUUGAGUUUUUUGUGAAGUAAACAGACUUGAAAAGAUCUGAUGCUGUAGUAGGGUAGACAAAACAAUGCUGUAUAGUUGCCAAUUUUUAUUUAAAUUGUUCUAUUUGACUACUCUUCUGUUUCAAAUAUAGAUUGAAAAAAUAAAUGUUCAUAUAAGCUGAAAGAAACCGGAAAAUAUUUUAAACAUUUAUGAAAAGAAAUUUUGCUUAUAGUGGUAAACUAAUGAAUGUUGUACAGUUCUAAUCUCCUCACUGAGGAUCUGAGCAUUCCUUUUUUCUUGUGUAUUGAAAAAGCCUUGUCGUGCAAUACUACAUGUAAAGCUAUUGUGCAAAUUUUAUCAAUUUUGUUUUUACCAAAGAUUUCCCGUGGUUUGAAGCAUUUGUAAGCAAUAAAUAACACAACUGGAUUGCA